AUGGACUUGGCGGGCACCGGAGUCGUUGGCGCUCUGCGGAAGGUCUUCAGCUACAUGAGACCACCCACAGAACUGAGCAAAAUCGACCGCAUCACAGCAGCUGCUGCUCAUCUGUGGUGGCGCACUCACGACCUGGAUGAUGCCCAGCCAUACGUUGCUGGCAUGCAGGAAGCAGACGAGGCACUGGAGUGGACGCUGUUUUCGGAGGCACGGCAUGCUGAGCUCCGCUCGACGCAAGCCGGGUCGUUUAUCACGAUUGCAGUGGAGGUGCUUCCGGCUCAGCCUUUCGGCUCACAGCCAGUAGAGCAACAUGCUGACCUCGUAGAACCUCGCUGCGCAACCAAUACUCCGAAAAACCCUUCUCUGCAGCAGGCCGCGCUGGCACAAGAUGCCACGUGCGAUUUAAAUCUGGCAGAUGCUGCCGCAGCUAAGCUGGUUGCAGGGGCGACUGCCACCCUCGAGCUAUCCCAGCGACAGGCAUGCGAUGUCUCUCUCCUCAUCAACGGCGGCUUCUCGCCCCUUACUGGCUUCAUGAAGCAGGCUGACUACAACUCCGUUGUCGAAGGCAUGCGCCUGACUUCGGGGCACCUCUUCGGCCUGCCGGUGAUCCUGGAUGUGCCCGACGAGUCCCUGCGCGGGAAGACGGCCCUCCUGACCUACCAGGGCGCCAAGCUGGCCGUCUUCGAGGCGGAGGAAGUGUGGAAGCCGGAUAAGGUCAAGGAAGCCAAGGCCUCCUAUGGCACCACAUCGACCGAGCAUCCCUCAGUGGCAGAGCUUUUCGCGGAUCUUGGAAAAUUUUAUGCCGGAGGCAAGCUGCAUGGCCUGGGCGCAGGCUUCGAGACAGUGUGGGGCAAAGGCUUCCGCACCCCGAAGGAGGUGCGAGCAUCCCUACCGGCGGGCAAGCAGGUGGUUGCGUUCCAAAAUCGCAACCCGGUGCACAAAGCGCACUUCGAGCUGCUGGUUCACGCCAACAAGGAUGUCGAGAAUUCGAUUGUUCUCGUGCAUCCAACCUGUGGACCCACCCAGCCUGGAGACAUCGACGGCCCCACGCGGAUUAAGACUUACGAAGUCCUUCAGGAGGAGCCGGAAUACAAGAAAUGGGCAGGUGAGAGCUUUAGGUGGUCGUACCUUCCCUACUCGAUGAAGAUGGCCGGGCCGCGGGAAGCGAUUCAGCACAUGAUCAUCCGGAAAAAUUUCGGUGCCACGCACUUCAUCAUUGGCCGUGACAUGGCAGGUACGAAGAGCACGCUGACCAGCGAGGAUUUUUACGGUGCGUACGAGGCACAGGAUAUGGGCAAAAAGCACUCUGAAGAGCUCAGCGUGAAAGUGGUGGACUACCCCAACAUGGUGUAUGUUGGUCAGGAGCACGGCAACGAGCGAGGCUAUGCUACAGACGUCGAGGCGAAGGCCAAGGGGGUCAAGAUCAACAAGCUCUCGGGCACAGAGUUCCGCAAGCGAUUGCGGAGUGGCGAAGAGAUCCCGGAGUGGUUCGCAUUUCCGAAGGUGGUAAAGGUCCUUCGGGAAGGAGGUGACAAGAUCUUCUUGUGGUCUUUCCGGGUCCUUCUCAUCUACUUUGUCCAGCAGCCAGCAGAGGCUCCGAAUGGUGCAGACGGCCAGGAGCAGCGGCAAAACUCUUCGUGGCUGGCUGGCCAGGAGGGCGAGGUUUGUGGCGCUCGUCUCCGAUCGAUCCUUCACAGUGUGGAAGGACUGGCCAGGCUGCUGUUUUCCACGGUUCUACUCUGCUGGAACAUCCGCAGGGUGCUUCCGGACUCGGAAGGGGGCAACAAUACGCGGCUGUCCUUCCAAGAGUGGCUGGAAGUGAACUCCAGAAUUGAGGCAGACGGGACAACGCCUUCCGUCGCUGUGCAGAAGUGCAUCUACAACACCCUGCUUCAAGACGAGUGCAUUGAGCUGCUGCCGGAUGCCUCCGUCAAGAAGACCGCCAUGCCCGAGUUUCAGGAGGCUCCAGAGGACACGUCAUCUGCUUUGCGCGCUGCGGGGCAGGUGGCGGGCGAGACGCUGAGUGGUUGGGCGUCGAUACCCCCGGGCGGGCUGGAGCGCUUCGACGUUCCGAUGCCUCACGGCCAUCAAGGCGGCUUGUCCGGUGCGAAGCUCUCGCACUGCGUCCUCAGCGAGACCUCGAGCAGCUUUCUUGACCGCGGUCACAAGAAUGGCAUCAACUUGCUGCAGCCAGAGGUGACUGCAUCUUCCGGUGAGGCCGUGUGGAUGUCUUUGAAGUAUGCUUUCUGGCUAUUCUUUUCAACAUCCCCGGAUGAUCCUGCGCCGUACGUCUUCAUCCGCUUGCAGGACACGGUUCUCCGCGAAACCAAUCUGCGCGACAAGAGCCUGGUCCUGGCUGGCAGGAUGAAGAAGUCUGCUGAUGACGAUGUGGCAGGUCCCUUCGGGGAUUCUGCUCGUGAGCCCUUGCGGCUCUGCUUCCUCUUGGCAGACGGCCGAUUUCAGCUCUUCGAAGCGCUGUGGCUGGAACUGCAGCUGACCUCUGAAGAGGCCUUCACGGCGUUAGUUCGAUGUGAGCUUUCUGGCUUCUGCCGGUGCCUGUUUGGCUCUUACGCGUGGCGCCAGCAGUCGGAGGGAGAGCUUUCUCCUUGGCACGAGGCUAAGGUACAGGGCAAGAUGCGCCGGACCUCACAGCGAACCCUCGAAGACCAUACAUCCGAACCCCAAAGCCCAACAACCUUGCAAAGCUGCGGAGCUACCAGAAUGGGCAAUGGUGCCGCAAGCGCCGCCAAAGCCAAGGCCCUGGCUGGCGCUUCCUCGGAUCCCUCCAAAGGAGUGUCCUCGGCGUCCACUUCGUCCCAGGCGGAGGUUCCUGCUGCAGCAGAUCAUCCAGUCGAGGUUGGCCACAUCGGGAAUGUGGCAACAUUCCCCAGCGAAGCCUCCGGGACGUCGGUGGAUGGUCCAGCGACUAUGCGCCGCCGUGAGAAGCGGUCCCGGAUCAGUGCCGUGCCAGAGCAGGCAGGACAGUCGACGGAGCUCAGCGAAGCCCUCAAAACACCGGUGCUGGGAAGGCGGGCGAGCCAGACAGUCAAGCCCGAGAUGUUGGACCCCCAGCUCGAGGAGUUCCUCACGAAGGCUUUCCAGAAGCACUUCCUCUUGAAGUCAGUGCCGGAGGUCGAGUGCAAGGCCCUGAGUCUCUCGAUGAAGGUGAAGCAUGCCGUCCCUGAGGAGGUCGUCGUGAGACAAGGCGAAAUCGUCGAGUCUGUGUACUUCAUCAGGUACGGGAGCUUCCAGAUGAUGCAGGACAAUGCCUGCCUGAGCAACGUCUUGGGGCCCGGGGACUCCUUCGGGGAGCUGGCGCUGCUCUACAGCAUCCCGUCCUCUACCACCAUCGUCGCCACAGAGAAUGGCGAGCUCUGGAAGAUGGAGCGGCAGAGGUUCCUGGAGUGCAAGGAGCAGCUGAGCUCUUCUCAGAUAGAGAAGGCGAUGGAGUUUUUCCAGGCCUGCCAGGACUUCCGGUAUCUGAAGGAGGACGACCAGAAGUCCCUGGCGGCAGUCUGUACCUCGAAAACUUUCGAGGAUGGCUCCAUCGUCUUGCAGGAUGAGGAGGUUGGCGAAUGCAUGCUGAUCGUCAUCAGUGGUCAAGUGGCUGCCGCUGAAUCGACCGCUGAUGCGUUUGACAGGGUGUCGUACGGCAAGCCCGGAUCUGUCAUUGGAAGCGUUGGGGUCCUCUACCACAAGCAGCAGGCGAAAUCAUUUGCGAAGGGACCUGUGGAAUGUCUCUGCUUGAACAAGGCAGCACUAAGUGGCUUCAGCCCUUCAGUGCUUGAUGUGCUGCGACGAGCGGCGUUCAAGGCAAUUCUCCACAGCCUCCCACGAAACCCGUUGGAUCCGGAGCCGUGGCGCAUUCUCUCCGAGCAGCAAGUGAACCUCCUCAUCUCUCGAACGGAGGACGGCACCUUCGAGCCCGGCGAGAUCAUCUUUGCACCCCAGGACGGAGCGCAGUUGAUUGUCGUGAUCUCCGGGCAGGUUGCAAUCAUGAAGGGUCUGGCGAAGACGCGUGAGGAGGACGAGUUGGUCUUUGCUGCCGAGGAUGUCGACAUCCUGCAGCAGUCCGACAAGGUAAUUGAAGCUGGCCACUGCUACGGAAAGCAGCCGGAGUUCUUGGAGGGCGUUUCGAUGUCAACCUUUGGCAUCGCCGUCGGGAAGGUGCGCCUCCACCGGAUUCUCCACAGUAAUGUCCAAGAGCUUUUGGGGGACUCCUUGAUGGAGGUCAUGCGCUGUGCUGAAAUCAAGCGAGUGCUUUCGGACAUCUUCCUCUUCAAGAAUUUGAACGAGGAACAGAUCGAUCGCACCGUCCGAGAGCUGGAGCAGCAGAUCUUCGCUGCAGGGGAGAUCAUCGUCCAGCAAGACGACCCUGCCAGGCAUUUCUAUCUCAUCCAACGGGGUACGGUAGUGGUCCGGAAGGAUGGCAAAGUCCUGCGGACCUUGGGAAGGUGGGAUUACUUCGGAGAGCGUGGAUUGCUUCUCCAAGAGAGGCGGUCGGCCACCUGCCAGGCACUGGAUGAGUGCAUUUGCCUGGUCCUGGAUGCCGAUGAGUUCUUCCAGAUCGUUGGCCACUUCAAAGACGAGCUCGAGCGCCGCAUGCAGCUGCAGGACUUGAACUUGUCGAUUUCUGAUCUCCAGUGCACCGCCGUUGUGGGCCGGGGCACCUUUGGCGUUGUCCGCCUCGUGACUCCCAAGGGGAAGAAGGCCUUGUCGGAUAUUGUUGUGGAGCAGAGGGCAUACAAGUAG